UUUACACGCAGCGGCAGCAACAGGCGGACGAAAAAAAUCCAUUUCUGCGCAAAAUCGCACUAAAAAUCAACCAUGCGUCUGCGUCUCUCUUGGGUCCCCGAUGAAGAACAAGGCUCGCUGUACGACUUCUUGUCGAGCGACAGUCGGGCGUUUCAGUUGUUCUGCGAGCGCGGGCUCGCAACACUGCUGCUCCCACCUACUCCGCCAGACGUGAAGUACAGCGAUUUGAAUUUGUCUCUGCUGCGCGUCUAUCAAUCGCAAAUAUGUCUGGGUCUGGAAGAUUGCGAGAUUUGUCAUGCUGCUUUUCCAUGACCUAUGAUGUCUGGAAUGCAGGACCUAGCACGAAAGAUUCUGCGAGACCUUUCAAAUGCCCAUCCUGCAUGAGAAACUCCCUCCCGACUUGGUCAAAACUGGACGACUUUUGGUAAUCAUGCAACACAGAUUUUUGCAUGCUGCAGAUUUAGCAUUACAAGUUGCAACCUUCCAGAUCCAGACAUUUUUACAUUUGAUAGCGUGGGCGAGAUUCUGGCGCAGAUCACCGGCGGCGCGUUGAGCGAGGAUGAUGCGGCGCGGCUGUAUUUCAUCAUGACAACCGUGGGUAGCGCCUCCAUGACGGUCGAAGAGCUGUUUGAAACAGUGAAAUUUCUCGCCGCGAUCUGUUCGGCCAACCCGGCUCAAGUCAUAAAUCAGUACGUCGCGCACCACUCUGGCAGACUGUUUCAGAAAAUGGCGAUGCGGCGAGUUGGGGUAAAUAGUUGAGUUCAUUUUUGAUGCGGAUUGCUCAGCCACGAAUGUUUUGUGAGGAAAAAAUAUUGGGCAAUCUUUUCUGUUGCAGCUGUUUCUGGCUCGAAAUUAUCCCCGUAUGAAAUUUUCUGCUUCAUCACACGCAGGUCGUCUACCGAGACGGGCGAGAUUUCGCUCCCGAACCCGGUGCACCGCCGAGGAAGAAAAGCAGCUCCAAACCUCCACUUGGCCCGAUGACCGUGCAGUGGGCAGACGCCGCGGAGCUGCUGGAGCUUUUCGGGAUGACGCAGAACGGCAUCAGCAGGAUUCGACGGGUCAUACAGGCAAAGCCGCUGCAACUGAUAUAUGUUUACGACGUGCGAGCGGUAUUUCUGACAGAAUCGGAGUUGCACACUGUCUUGCAGCACGCUGCGGAACAGCUCGCGCGGGAGGCCGACCUAGACGUUGACCCCCAGUUACUCGGUAGUCCCGCGACGAGUGUACGCGGCAGCGAUCCCCGAGCAGGGCACAAAUCCGGAGUGUGUGUGAUCCUGUAG